GUUGAAUAUCUCUUGUUGGAAUGGAAGUGUACGAAAUAUAUUGAAGAUAGUAGAUACCUGUUUUUGGAGAAUCAAGUGUAGGGUUCUUAUUGGUAAAAAUGAGUGAUGAUGGCUGGGAUUCUGGUGGUGAAUCUCAAAAUACGAAUUACUUACCUGUGUACUCACAAACCUUCUCUCGAGGUCGAAACAAUGGGGGCCGUGGGGGAGAGGACUUGAGAGAAUUGGGACAGAGAGGAGGCAGAGGCUAUGGUGAUCGGCAAGGUGGAAGAGGUCGAGGCAACCAGUGGUCCGGGCCAAGGAGAGGAGGACCCAGCGGAAACUGGAGACAGAGGGAGUCUAAUGCAGAUACCUCUCCCACAAAUGAGGAAGUGAUCAUGAGUGUAAACUGUAGUGAUGUUGGGAAAGUCAUUGGCAAAGGUGGCUCAAAAAUACGAGAAUUAGAACAAGAAAGUGGUGCCAGUAUUCAGAUUAAAAAACCUGAUCAGAACUCAUAUAAUGACAAGACAGAUAUUACGUUACGUGGCUCAGAAGAAUCGCAGUCCAAGGCCAAACAACUAAUUCAAGAUCUUCUUGAUGACACAUCUUAUAGAAGAGGAAAAAGUUAUACCAAUCAGACACCAACAAAUGGAGGUUACAGUAAAGAGGAAAAACAGCAUUCCUCAAACAAUGAAAGUAGUUGCAAUAUUUUUGAGCUGUCGGAAGACGAUGAGGUUUUUAAAAAGCUGAAUAAUAUUAACUGGUCAGAGUUGAAUAGAGUAUAUGAAGAAGCUCAGAAAGAAAAAUGGUCCAAAUUGCCACCUAUGAUAAAAAACUUUUAUCACGAAGAUCCAGAAGUAGCGAACAUGCCACCAGAACUGGUUGCAAAAUAUAGACUUAUCCAAAACAAUAUUGAAGUUUCAUAUGUCUUUGAAGAAGGAGAGGAGCCCAUUCCAAACCCUGUCACGACUUUUGAGCAAUGUUUUGCAAAUUUCCCAGAAAUUCUGGAUGAAAUUUACAAGCAGAAUUUCAAAUCUCCAUCUCCAAUACAGAGUCAGGCUUGGCCUGUUUUGCUUAAAGGGUACGACUUGAUUGGUAUUGCGCAAACUGGAACAGGAAAGACCCUGGCAUUUCUAUUGCCAGCCUUAAUACACAUUGAUGGACAGCCCAUUCCGAGAGAAGAGCGUGGGGGUCCAAAUGUACUGAUUCUAGCACCCACAAGAGAGCUUGCAAUCCAAAUUGAAAAAGAAGUAAAUAAGUACAGUUAUAAAGGGAUAAAAAGUGUUUGUGUGUAUGGUGGAGGCAGCAGGAGAGAGCAAGUGAACGUGAUAACUAAAGGUGUGGAAAUUAUAAUAGCAACACCAGGGAGACUGAAUGACUUGAUAAUGAGCAAUGUUAUAGAUGUUACAUCAAUAACUUACUUAGUGUUGGAUGAAGCAGACAGAAUGCUUGAUAUGGGCUUUGAACCUCAGAUUCGAAAAACACUUUUAGAUAUUCGACCAGAUAGACAAACUAUUAUGACAAGUGCAACAUGGCCUGAGGGAGUCAGACGACUUGCACAGUCUUACAUGAAAAAUCCUAUACAGGUGGUAAUUGGAACACUGGAUUUAGCUGCUGUUCAUUCUGUAACACAGCAUAUAGAAAUGAUUGAUGAAGAGGACAAAAAGGAUAGAGUACUGGAAUUUCUUGAGAACAUGGGUCCUGACGACAAGGUGAUUGUCUUUGUUGGGAAGAAAAUGAGAGCAGAUGAUUUAGCAAGUGAUCUCUGCUUAAAAGGGAUUGAUUGCCAAUGUAUCCAUGGAGAUCGUGAACAGGCAGAUCGAGAGCAAGCUUUGGAUGAUCUGAAGUCUGGUUGUGUUAGGAUUUUAAUUGCCACAGAUGUUGCUUCAAGAGGAAUUGAUAUUACUGAUGUUACGCACAUUUUUAAUUAUGAUUUUCCACGUAACAUUGAAGAAUAUGUCCAUAGAGUUGGUAGAACAGGCCGUGCUGGAAAAACUGGAGAGUCUAUUACUUUGGUGACUCGUAGCGACUGGGCACAAGCAAAAGAACUUAUUGCAAUACUUGAAGAAGCAAAUCAGGAAGUACCAGAAGACCUUUAUAAAAUGGCAGAAAGAUUUCAGGCUUGGAAGGAAAAGAGAAAUGCAGAAAGGGAGCGUGUUCGCUAUGAUGGAGAUAAUACCCGUGGCAGCAGAGGUGGAGAUUCCUUUGGUUUUGGAGGCAGAAGAGGACGUGGUGGCGGUGGUGGUCGUGGCCGUGGCAGGUGGUGAAAACUACUGAUGUACAUAAUGUUGUAAUGUUUAUCUAAAUGUUCUGUGAUUGAAAAUAAAUUUUCUUUAAUAUAAA